AUGUUACUUUUAUUAAUAGCUAUUGUGUCCAAACUCACACUUUCUUAUUGUGCCUCAGUUGAUUAUGGUCAAGCACCCUUAUUGUUGGAAUACGAUGAAAAGAGCUUUAUUGAUUCCAUUUAUGGGGAACUAGUUGAAUCAGAAGAGUCGAAGAAGCAUAAGGAAAUAUUGCUAAGGGAAGGUGUUAAACAGUUUAAGUAUCCAGAUACAGGGUACGAUGUAACUCAAUUGGAAUCAAUGUCAUUUCAGGAAACCGUUAACUUUAUGCAAUCAAUUGAUACUCAACAAAUGAUGCGUCGUAAAUCUCAUGAAGCUUACAUGAAAUACCAGCUGAAACUUAAGUUACCACAUCCUGAUGAUACUUCUGACAUUACUGAUGAUAACCCUAACUUAUUUGGGGGCAUUGUGACUUUUGCUAGAGCUCCACAUUUUGAUUGCUUUAAUCCAAUCAAUGAUGAUAAGACCAUUGAUAUUGCAAUAGUGGGCAGUCCAUUCGAUACCGGUACUUCAUUCAGACCUGGUGCCAGAAUGUCACCAGAGGCUAUACGUUCUGCUUCAAGAAGACUUGGUUUAGGUUUGACUCCAGUCAGAGGAAAUGGUCCAGAUUCGAAGCUUUCAAAAAUUGAUCCAUAUAAAAGCAAUUUCACUAUAAUUGACUGUGGCGAUGUGCCCAUGACUCCCUUUGAUAAUAGAAUUGCUUUGAAUCAAUUAUACAGAGGUGAAAGGUCAAUUCAUAAACAUAAAUCCAAGAAGAAUUCCAAAAAAAUACCUAAAAUAAUCACUCUUGGUGGUGAUCAUACCAUUACUUUAAUGGCUUUGAAAUCAGCUUAUGAAAAAUAUGGAGAAAUAGCGGUCUUACAUUUUGAUAGUCAUAUUGAUACUUGGGAUCCAAAAGUAUUAGGGGGAGGUAUUUCUGAUUACAUGUCAUUGAAUCAUGGAACUUUCUUACAUUAUGCUGCAGAGCAAGGAUACCUUGCCAAAGGUUCUUGCUCACAUGUUGGUUUAAGAGCUCCAUAUAUUAAUGCAAAUUAUGAUCAAGAUCAUGAUGAAGCUUUUUGUGGUUUUAAAAAAUUUUCAGCUAGAGAUAUUGAUAAUUUUGGUAUCAAGGAAUUAUCAAAAAGACUAAAGGCAAUUGUAGGUGAUAAACCUGUUUACAUCACGGUAGAUAUUGAUGUAUUGGACCCCAGUUAUGCUCCAGGUACUGGGACAAUGGAAAUCGGUGGUUUACUGACCAGAGAAUUGCUUACACUUUUAGACUCUCUUGAAGGAAUCAAUUUGAUUGGUGGUGAUAUCGUAGAGGUUUCACCUCCAUAUGACUCCAAUAGUGAAAUCACCUCUUUGGCUGCAACAAGUGUUGUUGAUUCUUUAUUAGGGCUCAUGGUUGUAACUGAAGUUGAAAUUUAG